AUGAAACGCCUUUCGCUGAUCCUUGCGGUGGCCAUACACGCUGCAUAUGCGGGCACUGUUGUGAUACCUUUGACGAACCACGACAAUGUGUUGUGGUAUGGCAACAUAGCCGUAGGCAGCCCGGGGAACACGUUCACUGUCGCAUUCGACACAGGCAGCGCUGACCUAUUCCUUCCAGGCAAGGGCUGUAGUAAAAACUGCAACGGACACACGGCGUACGAUCCCAAUAUCUCGUCGACGUCUAGCGAUCUCGGAAAGUCCUUCAAACUCACUUUCGAAGAGGGAGAAGUAGUAUCCGGCGAAGAGUUCACCGAUACCGUCAGCAUUGGUGGAUUGGUGGCCGCGCACCAAACCGUGGGAGUCGCGGCGGAAUAUCCGUCGAGUCUGGGGAAUGACCAGUUCUUCGCCGAUGGAAUCCUGGGCUUGGCGUUCGAGUCCAUCAGCACAUUUGGUGCUUCCCCGGUGAUGCAAUCAUUGAUAUCCCAAGGCCAGCUGGAUGAGCCGGUGUUCUCGUUUAAACUAGCUGCAUCCGGCUCUGAGCUUUUCAUGGGCGGCGCAAAUAGCGCACUGUAUACCGGCGACUUUACGUAUACAAGUCUUACUCAACAGGGAUUCUGGGAAGUGAUGGUGGAGAAGAUCGAGGGAAAAGGACAGACGAUUUUCUCCAAUAUCGACGCAAUCAUUGAUACGGGAACGACCCUGACUGUUCUUCCGCUGAAUGAGGCGGCUCAAUUUUACAAAGUCUUGGGGGGGACAGAUGCCUCAUCAACAUUAGGACCCGGAUUUUAUACUUUUCCUUGCGAUUCCUUCCCAUCAGUAUCGUUCACUUUCGGCGGCAGGUCUUUCCCUAUGAGCAAGGCGACGUUGGAUCUAGGAGCAGUGUCGCAAGGCAGCAGCGACUGUGUUUCAAGCAUCAUCGGGCGUGACACUGGCGUCAGUUAUGCUAUAAUCGGCACGUCCUUUUUGCAGAACGUAUACACAUCGUUUGAUAUUGGACACAGCCGGAUCGGUUUUGCUCAACUAGCAUAG